AUGUCUCUUUCUGGUAAAGUCGCCCUUAUCACCGGCGGUGUUAAGAACCUUGGUGCUCAAAGUGCCAUCGAGCUCGCUGGCGAGGGCGCCAAUCUUGCUCUCCACUAUCAUUCAUCCGGCGGCGAAAAGGAAGGAGCCUCGCUAGCAGCCUCCCUUAAGGAAAAGAACCCUUCGAUCAAGGUCUCCUUCUACCAGGGUGAUCUGACCUCUGCAGCUGCAGUAACGAAGCUGUUCAAAGAUGUUGUCCGUGAUUUCGGCCAUGUUGAUAUUGUGGUCAACACGGUAGGCAGAGUGCUGAAGAAGCCUAUUACAGAGAUUAGCGAGGAAGAAUAUGACACGAUGUUCGCGGUCAACUCCAAAACUGCAUUUUUCGUUCUUAAGGAAGCUGCUGCUCAUAUUACUGAUGGCGGAAAGAUCAUCACCAUUGUCACUGCGCUCCUAGGAGCCUUCACUGGCUACUAUACCUCUUAUGCUGGUAGCAAAGCUCCCGUCGAGCACUUUACUCGGGGUGUUUGCAAGGAGCUUCAAUCUCGCAGCAUCAGUGUGAACAAUGUCGCCCCUGGACCGAUGGAUACCCCUUUCUUCUAUCCCCAGGAAUCUCCCGAAGCCGUGGAAUUCCACAAAGCAAACGGCAUGGGCAACCGUCUCACCAUGGUCAAGGACAUUGCUCCUAUCAUUCGCUUCCUUUGCACCGAUGGUGCUUGGAUUGCCGGCCAAACCAUUUUUGCCAAUGGUGGAUACACUACUCGUUGA